AUGGUGAGCUUAAUUCUCGUGGAAGAACAUUCACUGAUACGAAGUUCUCCAAUCAAAGUUGUUGAUCAAAGUUCAACUUCUAAUAUUUUCUUGUGCUUACCCCGCGAGAUCCUUGAAAAUAAGCAUCCACAUAUCAUGCAUCAUAUCAUGACAGGUUUCUCCCAUACAAGUCUCCUUAUCUUCAUACUGUUUAUUUCAGUAGAGAUGACUCUAGAGCAGACUAUCAAAGACAUCCAUACUCAAAAUGCUCAACUACAAGAGACGUUCUUGAACCUGUCCAAGGGGCAAGAAGAGUUGAAAACACUAUUCAUUGAGAGCGUAACCAAUGAAAAUCCUGAAGACGAUAAGGAAAGUCAAACGAGACAGUUGCAGGCGGAGGCAGCAACGAUGAGAAUCCAGAUGUUGAGACAAAUGGCUUUCAUCCAAAACUUAGCUCGGGGAGAAAAAUAG